AUGCAAGUUGACAGCCCUGAGUUGGUGGAGAAGGCGAAGCAUGGAGAGAUCGAUGAAUCACUCUAUAGCAGACAGCUUUAUGUCCUCGGACACGAAGCUAUGAAGCGGAUGGGCUCGUCCAAUGUACUCAUCGUCGGUCUCAGAGGUCUCGGUGUUGAGAUUGCUAAAAAUAUCGCCCUGGCUGGCGUUAAAUCCCUGACUCUUUUCGACCCCGCACCCGCAACAAUCUCUGACCUUUCCUCCCAGUUCUUCCUCAAACCACAAGAUGUUGGCAAACCACGAGCUGAAGUGACGGCUCCCCGGGUAGCAGAACUCAACGCGUAUACACCAGUCUCCGUCCUUCCAGGCAAGAGUCUCACAGACGACCUUUCCCAGCUAAAGGGAUUCCAGGUUGUCGUCCUCACCAGCACAUCUCUAAAGGAGCAGACAGCUAUUGCAGAAUACUGUCAUGAGAAUGGAAUUUAUGUCGUUGUCACGGAUACGUUCGGUCUAUUCGGCUAUAUCUUCACCGACUUUGGAAAGAACUUUACUGUUGGGGAUGCUACCGGCGAGAAUCCGUUGAGUGGCAUUGUCGCUGGAAUCGACGAGGAAGGGCUAGUUUCUGCGCUAGAUGAUGCGAGACACGGGUUCGAAGAUGGCGACUACGUUACUUUCUCUGAAGUUCGUGGAAUGGAGGCUCUCAACAACUCAGAGCCUAGAAAGGUUACUGUUAAGGGGCCGUACACCUUCUCCAUCGGAGAUGUAAGCGGACUAGGGACUUACGAAGGCGGCGGCCUUUACACUCAGGUUAAGAUGCCCAAAUUCAUCGACUUCCAGCCGUUCAGCGAACAGCUCAAGAAGCCAGAGUUUGUUAUUUCCGAUUUCGCCAAAUUCGACCGGCCAGCACAGCUCCAUCUCGGUGUCCAGGCAUUGCAUAAGUUUGCUGAAACCCACGACAACCAGCUUCCCAGACCUCAUCACGAUGGUGACGCGAAAGAAGUAAUUGCCCUUGUCCAGAAGCUUGCUGGUGAAGGCGAGGACAAGGUUGAAAUUGAUGAGAAGCUUAUUCGAGAGCUGAGUUACCAGGCUAGAGGAGACCUGUCCCCCAUGGCAGCUUUCUUUGGUGGAUUGGCUGCACAGGAAGUCCUGAAGGCUGUCUCCGGCAAAUUCAACCCCAUCGUCCAGUGGAUGUACUUUGACUCCCUAGAAUCCCUUCCGACUACAAUCAAGAGAUCCGAAGAGCUUUGCGCCCCAAAGAACUCGAGAUAUGACGGUCAAAUCGCAGUCUUUGGACGGGAAUUCCAGGAUAAACUCGCAAAUAUUAACGAAUUCCUGGUUGGAGCUGGUGCUAUUGGGUGUGAGAUGCUCAAGAACUGGGCUAUGAUCGGUCUCAGCACGGGUCCCAAGGGCCAAAUUACAGUCACCGAUAUGGACCAGAUCGAGAAGAGCAACCUUAACCGACAGUUCCUGUUCCGCACUACUGACGUCGGAAAACUAAAGAGUGACUGUGCCGCUGAAGCUGUUCAGGCUAUGAAUCCAGAACUCAAGGGGAAAAUCACGGCUCUAAAGGAGCGAGUUGGAGCGGACUCGGAGCAUAUUUUCAAUGAGGACUUCUGGGGAAAACUCGACGGGGUCACCAAUGCUCUCGACAACGUUGACGCCCGUACAUAUGUUGACCGACGCUGUGUGUUUUUCCGAAAGCCCCUCCUGGAGAGCGGUACCCUGGGUACCAAGGGAAAUACCCAGGUUAUUAUCCCAAGUCUCACCGAGUCAUAUUCUAGCUCCCAUGAUCCUCCAGAGAAAUCUUUCCCAAUGUGCACACUGAGGAGUUUCCCCAACCAGAUUCAGCACACUAUCGCCUGGGCGAGAGAUAUCUUUGAGUCCUUGUUCGCUGGGCCUACCGAAGUUGUAAACCUCUAUCUCACACAGCCAGGCUACAUUGAACGUACAUUGAAACAGGGCGGAUCAGAGAAGCAGACGUUGGAGAACCUCCGAGACUUCCUGGUUACAGAGAAGCCACUUAGCUUCGAUGACUGUAUUGUCUGGGCUAGGCAUCAGUUUGAGAAGUACUACAAUAACGGCAUUCAACAGCUCUUGUUCAACUUCCCCAGGGACUCAGUCACGUCUAGCGGAGCACGCUUCUGGUCCGGACCAAAACGUGCACCGACUCCAUUGAAGUUCGACUCUAAGAAUGAUACCCACCUUGCAUAUAUCAUCGCUGCUGCGAAUCUUCACGCAUUUAACUACAACAUCAAGAACCCUGGCGCUGACAGGGAUCAUUACCGUAAAGUGACUGACGACAUGAUCAUCCCGGAGUUCACCCCCUCGUCCGGUGUGAAGAUUCAGGCCGACGAUAAUGAGGAGCAGGAAGCACAGCCCACCUCGUUUGAUGAUAACGAGGAGAUCAACAAGCUAGUCAGCUCCCUUCCUGACCCCAAGUCACUGGCUGGAUUUAAGCUUCAGCCUGUCGAGUUUGAGAAGGAUGAUGACACAAACCACCACAUCGACUUCAUCACCGCUGCCAGCAACUUGCGUGCAGAGAACUACGAGAUCGAGCCCGCUGACCGACACAACACCAAGUUCAUCGCUGGAAAGAUCAUCCCUGCCAUCGCGACGACCACUGCCCUGGUGACUGGAUUGGUGAUUCUCGAGUUGUACAAGGUCAUCGACAACAACCGGGAUAUCGAGAGAUACAAGAACGGUUUCAUCAACCUUGCACUACCUUUCUUCGGUUUCAGCGAGCCAAUCGCCAGCCCCAAGACCAAGUAUAACGGACCAAAGGGCGAAGUUGUCUUAGACAAGCUGUGGGACCGCUUCGAGGUAAACGACAUAACCCUCCAAGAGUUCCUGGAUCACUUCAAGAAGCAGGGCCUAGAGAUUAUCAUGGUUAGCUCCGGCGUCAGCCUGCUGUAUGCCAGUUUCUACCCGCCUGCGAAGGUGAAGGAUCGUCUGCCCAUGAAGAUGAGCAAGUUGAUUGCGGAGAUCAGCAGGAAGCCGAUCCCUGAGCACCAGAAGAGUGUGAUUAUCGAAAUACAUCCUGAGACGCCCGAUGGAGAGGAAGUCGAGGCUCCCUAUGUCAUGCUGAAGCUUGACAAAUAG